UUAGAUUCAGUGCAAGAAUGCCCGCAGAAUUGCCAUGGAAACGGAGAGUGUAUGUCGGGUGUGUGCCACUGCUUCCCAGGGUUCCAUGGCAUGGACUGUGCCAAAGCUGCCUGCCCAGUCCUCUGCAGUGGCAAUGGUCAAUAUGACAAGGGCUUGUGUAUCUGCUACAGCGGAUGGAAGGGUCCAGAGUGUGAUGUCUCAGUGGGCCAGUGCAUCGACCCAGAGUGUAACGGACACGGCGCCUGCUCCGAGGGCUCUUGCACAUGCUCCGCCGGUUACCGUGGCGACACCUGUGAGGAAGUGGACUGUUUGGACCCUGGCUGCUCUGGCCAUGGUAGCUGUGCAAGUGGGCAGUGCCACUGUAAACCAGGCUGGGCAGGCCCCCUCUGUGAGCAUCCCAGGGCCCAGUGCCCAGACCAGUGCCACGGACACGGGGCCUUUAUACCCGACACGGGCAUCUGCAGCUGCGAUCCAAACUGGAUGGGACCAGACUGCUCCAUGGAGGUUUGCUCGUCGGACUGUGGCGCCCACGGCGUGUGUUUUGGCGGAGUGUGUCGCUGUGAUGAGGGCUGGACCGGCGCCGGAUGUGACCAGCGUGUCUGCAACCCGUUGUGUGUAAAGCACGGGACCUGCCGGGACGGAAAGUGUCAGUGCCAACAGGGCUGGAACGGAGAGCACUGCACCAUCGUCGCCGUGUGGGCACGCAAGCUGAAACGCCGAGUGCCGCCUGUGGUGGACCAUGUGCCAUGGUUAGCCGCCCGUAUCGUUAGCCGCGUGGCGUGUGACGCAUAUGGGUGUUCCGUCAGUGUAACAGAUGGUCCAUGCAGCCUGGGUCAGCAACAGCUGGCAACUGUGAUUGCCAUACCUAAGGUGACUGGUGGAGAGGACCUCUUGCUGGCUGCAAGUGUUUUGUCCAUGGAGAAAUCGUCCAGUGCGCGAAACAAGGACAAACGAAGGAGGCAGAAAGACCGCAGGCAUCUGUCUGGUAUGGCAAAUUGGAGACAAGUCUUUGGGAUUCUCGCGGACGCGCAGCAAGUCAGCCAGUCAGCCAGCGCCUUGCCUGAGUUUCUCCUAGAGGGUUUCCUGCCCAGUGACUGCUCCAGGAUCAAGAGAGGUCAGUCAGCUCCAACUCCAAGCCAGCAGCUCCUCUCCAAGCAGCAGCUUCCCUUCAAGCGCCAGCUCAUCUCAGCGAGCAGCUCCGCCUCCAAGCAGCACUCCUCUCCAAGUAGCAACUGCCUCUCCAAGCAGGACCUCUCUCCAAGUAGCAACUCCCUCUCCAAGCAGCAGCUCCUCUUCUCCUCUUGCAAAGCAGUCAAGCUACCCCCUCGGCCAAGCAGCCAGCUCCUCUCCAAGCUAGCAGCAUCUCUCCCCAAUCAGCACCUGCCUCUCCGAAGAGCUCACCUCCUCUCCAAGCACAGCCCAGCUCCCAAGCAGCAGCUCCUCCAAGCAGCACUCCUCUCCAAGCAGCACCUCCUCUCCAAGCACAGCUCACUCCAAGCGCAAGCUCCUCGCCAGCAAGCAGCAGCUCUCUCAAGCAGCACUUCUCGCCAAGCAGCAAGCUUCCCUCCAAGCGAGCACCUCCUCUCCAAGCAGCAACUCCUCUCUCUUAGAAGCAGCAACUCCAACUCCAAAGCAGCAAACUCCUCUUCCCUAAGCAGCAACUCCACUCCAAACGGACUGACAGACUGCAUGGAUCCCGACUGCUGCGCUCAGAGUCUGUGCCUGACCAAUCCACUGUGCCUGGGAGCAAGGGAUCCACUGCAGAUCAUCCAGCAGAGCCAAUCACCUUCGCUGAAAGUCAGAUCAUUCUACGACAGAGUCAAGUUACUGGUGGGGAGGGAUGGCACCCACAUCAUCCCUGGAAACAACCCCUUCAACUCAAGCCUGGCAGCGUUGAUCCGAGGCCAGGUCGUGACCACGGACGGGACUCCCCUGGUGGGGGUCAACGUGACGUUUGUCAAGUACCCUCACUACGGCUUCACCCUGACUCGGCAGGAUGGCACAUUUGACCUGGUGGCCAAUGGGGGUGUSUCUCUGGCCCUGCGCUUCGAGCGAGCUCCGUUCCUGAGCCAGGAGCGCACGGUGUGGCUACCCUGGAACCGGUUCUAUGCCAUGGACACGCUGGUGCUGAAGACGGAGGAGAAUACCAUCCCAGCCUGUGACCUCAGCGGCUACGUCCACCCAGACCCUGUGGUGGUGGCCUCGCCCCUCUCCUCCUUCUUCAGCUCCCACCCUGCAGAGAGGCACAUCAUCCCUGAGACUCAGGUGGUUCAUGAGCAGCUGGAGAUCCCGGGCACAGGUCUGAAGCUGUGCUACCUGAGCUCUCGUGCCUCCGGGUACCACGCACUGCUGAAGGUGACCAUGACCCAGGCCCUGGUGCCUCUCUCCCUGGCCAAGGUGCACCUGAUGGUGGCCGUGGAGGGACAUCUCUUCCAGAAGUGGUUCCACGCCUCUCCUAACCUGGCCUACACCUACAUCUGGGACAAGACAGAUGUCUACAGGCAGAGGGUCUAUGGUCUGACCCAGGCGUCUGUGUCAGUGGGUUUUGAGUAUGAGACGUGUCCCAGUCAGAUCCUGUGGGAGAAGAGGACAGCGGUGCUGCAGGGAUAUGAGCUGCUGCCCUCCAACUUAGGGGGCUGGUCCCUGGACAAACAUCACUCCCUCAACAUUGCCAGUGGGAUCUUACAUAAGGGCAGUGGGGAGAAUGUGUUUGUCUCAGAGCAGCAGCCUCCAGUCAUCAACAGCAUCAUGGGUAACGGGCGCAGGCGCAGUAUCUCCUGUCCCAGCUGCAGUGGUCUGGCCGAGGGCAACAAGCUGCUGGCCCCUGUGGCGCUGGCCUGUGGGGGGGACGGCAGCCUGUAUGUGGGAGACCUCAACUUCAUCCGCCGGGUCUAUCCCACCCUCAACACCACGGCUGUGUUGGAGCUCAGAAAUAAAGACUUGAGGCAUGGGAACAACCCUACACAUAAGUACUACCUAGCGGUGGAUCCCAUGUCUGGCUCGGUCUUCCUCUCAGACACCAACUCUCGGCAGAUAUACCGCCUGCGCUCGCCGACCAGCGGGCGGCAGUUGUUGGACAAUGCCCAGGUGGUGGCUGGGACCGGRGAGCAYUGUGUCCCCUUCGACGAGGCUCGCUGUGGGGACGGGGGCAAGGCCAUGGAGGCCGCACUCAUGAACCCCAGGGGGAUCGCUGUGGAUAAGAACGGUCUCAUGUACUUUGUUGACGCCACCAUGAUCCGUAAGGUGGACCAGAACGGCAUCAUCUCCACCCUGAUCAAGACCAAUGACCUCACAGCGGUCCGUCCACUCAGCUGUGACUCCAGCAUGGACGUCAGUCAGGUGCGUCUGGAGUGGCCCACAGACCUGGCGGUGAACCCCACGGACAACUCCCUGUACGUGCUGGAGAACAACGUGAUCCUCCGCAUCACAGAGAACCACCAGGUCAGCAUCAUCGCUGGGAGGCCCAUGCACUGCCAGGUCCCGGGCAUCGACUACUCCCUGAGCAAGCUGGCCAUCCACUCUGCCCUGGAGAGCGCCACGGCCAUCGCCGUCUCCCACACUGGUGUGCUCUACAUCGCCGAGACGGACGAGAAGAAGAUCAACCGCGUGCGGCAGGUCAGCGCCUCCGGAGAGACCUCUCUGCUGGCCGGCGCCACCUCCGAGUGCGACUGCAAGAACGACGUCAACUGCCAGUGCUUCUCUGGCGACGAGGGCUACGCCACGGACGCCGGGCUCAACGCCCCCACCUCGCUCGCCGUGUCUCCCGACGGCACGCUGUUCAUCGCUGACCUCAACAACAUCCGUGUGCGGGCAGUGCGGCGCGACAGGCCCAUGGCCACGCCAGUGGGGCUGUAUGAGGUGGGGUCACCCCGGGAGCAGGAGCUGUAUGUGUUCAGUAGAGAUGGGCUCCACAGACAGACAGUCAGUCUGAUCACCGGAGAACCUCUCUAUAACUUCACCUACGGGCCGGACAGGGAGCUGGCUGCUGUUGCUGAUAACUGUAACAACACCCUGAGGGUGAGGAGAGACGGAUCUGGCCAGCUGAGGCUGGUGCUGUUGCCUGAGAACCAGGUGGUCACCCUGGGGCUGGACCCUGCCGGUGGCCUGCGCUCCGUAUCUGCCCUCAACCAGGAGGUGGCGCUGAUGAGCUAUGCUGCGAACACAGGCCUGCUGGCCUCCAAGGCUGAUGAGACUGGAUGGACCAACUUUUAUGAGUAUGACAGUGAGGGACAUCUGACUAACGUCACCUCCCCUACGGGAGUGGUGACCAGCCUGCACCGGGAGAUGGAGCAAUCCGUCAACAUCGACGUGGAGAGCUCCAACAGAGACGAUGACGUCACCGUCCUCACCAACUUGUCCUCUGCGGAGGCGUCCUACACCGUGGUGCAAGACCAAGUACGGAACAACUACCAGUUCUGUUACAAUGGCACUCUCCGGGUAUCGUAUGCCAACGGCAUGGGCCUCAGUUUCCACACAGAGCCCCACAUCCUAGCCGGCGCAGUCAGCCCUACCAUUGGUCGGCGUAACAUCACUCUGCCCACCGACAGCGGGCUGAAUUCCAUCGAGUGGAGGAUGAGGAAGGAAGUCAUCAAAAGUAAAGUGACCAUAUAUGGCAGGAAGUUGAGGGCCCACGGCAGGAACCUCCUCUCCAUUGAUUUUGACCGCAAUACUCGCACAGAGAAGAUCUAUGACGACCACCGUAAGUUCACGCUGAGGAUCAUGUAUGACCAGCAGAGCCGCCCGGCCACCUGGCUGCCCAGCAGCAGUCUGGCUGUGGUCAACGUGUCSUACUCCCCCACCGGACGCCUGGUGGGCCUGCAGAGAGGCAGCAUGAGCCAGAGGAGCGAGUUUGACACCUUCGGACGCAUCCUCUCACGCACCUUUGUGGACGGCAAGGUGUGGAGCUUCAGCUAUCUGGACAAAUCCAUGGUGCUGCUCCUCCAGCAGAGUCAGAAACAGUACGUGUUUGAGUUUGACACCUCAGGGCGUCUCACCUCCGUCACCAUGCCCAGCAUGGCCAGACACACCAUGUCCACCCACGUAUCCGUCGGCUACAUCCGCAACAUCUAUAACCCUCCCGAGAGCAACGCCACCGUCAUCCACGACUUCAGCGAGGACGGACGACCGCGUGCCACCUUCUACCUGGGCACGGGCCGACGCGUCAUCUACAAGUACGGCAAGAUGGCCAAGCUGUCUGAGGUUCUGUACGACGGCACYGCCGUUACGUUCAGCUACGACGAUACGACCGGCGUGUUGAAGAUGGUCAACCUGCAGAGCGGGGGGUUCUCCUGCACCAUCCGUUACCGAAAGAUAGGCCCCCUGGUGGACAGACAGAUGUAUCGCUUCUCUGAAGAGGGCAUGGUCAACGCCCGCUUCGACUACACCUACCACGACAACAGCUUCCGUGUGGCCAGCAUCAAGCCUGUGAUUGGUGAGACGCCCCUGCCCCUGGACCUCUACCGCUACGAUGAGAUCUCAGGCAAGGUGGAGCACUUUGGCAAGUUUGGCAUUAUKUACUAUGACAUCAACCAGAUUAUCACCACGGCAGUGAUGACCCUCAGCAAGCACUUUGACGCCCACGGCCGCAUCAAAGAGGUGCAGUACGAGAUCUUCCGCUCGCUCAUGUACUGGAUGACGGUGCAGUAUGACAGCAUGGGCCGGGUCAUCAAGAGAGAACUGAAGAUCGGGCCGUAUGCUAACACGACACAGUACCGUUAUGAGUACGAUGGUGACGGCCAGCUUGUCGGGGUCAAAGUCAACGACUGGUCCACCUGGCGUUACAGCUACGACCUGAACGGCAACUUGCACCUGCUGAACCCUGGGAACAGCGCCCGUCUGCUGCCACUGCGCUACGACCUGCGAGACCGCAUCACCCGCCUGGGCGACAUGCAGUACCGUGUGGACGAGGACGGCGUCCUGAGCCAGCGCGGCGCCGACGUGUUCGACUACAACUCCAACGGGCUGCUGGAGCAGGCGUACAGCCGCACGCCCGGCGGGUGGAACGUUCGUUACCGCUACGACGGCAUGGGCCGCCGCGUCUCCAGGAAGACCAACGAGGGAGAGCACCUGCAGUUCUUCUACGCUGACCUCAACUACCCCGGCAGGAUCACCCAUAUUUACAACCACUCUGGAGGGGAGAUCACCUCCUUCUACUACGACCUGCAGGGUCAUCUGUUUGCCAUGGAGGUGAGCGGCGGGGAGGAGUAUUACAUCGCCUCGGACAACACGGGCACGCCGCUCGCCGUCUUCAGCAGCAACGGACAGAUGGUCAAGCAGCUCCAGUACACUGCCUACGGGGAGGUGUAUCACGACUCCAACCCUGACUUCAACAUGGCGGUGGGCUUCCACGGAGGGCUCUACGACCCCCUCACCAAGCUGGUGCACUUUGCCCAGAGAGACUACGAUGUGCUGGCAGGUAGAUGGACUGCACCAGACCAUAAACUCCUACCUAAGAUCGGCAAGGAACCAGCCCCAUUCAAUCUGUACAUGUUCAAGAACAACAACCCACUCAGUGAUAUGAUAGACAUCAAGAGCUACGUGACAGACGUGAAGAGCUGGUUGGUUAUGUUUGGUUUCCAGCUCAGUAACAUCAUACCAGGCUUCCCCAGACACUCUAUGGAUUUUGUUGACCCGCCUUAUGAACUAGUGGCGAGCCAGGACUGUGAGACUGCUCCGCUGAUCACAGGGGUGCAGCAUGCAGCAGAGCGCCACAACCAGGCCUUCAUGGCUCUGGAGGGGAGGUUGCUCAACAAGGAGCGCCGGGCCAAACGGGACAAGCCUGGCUACUGGUUCGGCACCAAGAUCCCCAUCGUGGGCCGGGGCAUGAUGCUGGCCAUCAAAGAGGGCCAUGUGGUGACUGGUGUGUCAGGCCUGGCCAGUGAGGACAGCCGUAAAGUGGCCCAGGUCCUGAACAACGCUGUCUAUCUGGAGGGGACCCACUACACCAUAGACGGGAAGGACUGCCACUUCUUUGUGAAGCUGGGCCUAGCUGACAGUGACCUGCUGUCUCUGGGGCUGAGCAGUGGGAGGAAAUCCCUGGAGAACAGCGUCAAUGUGACCGUCAGCGGACGCUCUCGCCGGGGCGUCACCGUGGAGAUCCACACGGUGGCGUUGUCCCUGAGCGUACGUUACGGCCUAGCGGCUGACGUGCUGGAGAAGGAGAGGGGUCGCCUGCUGGAGCAGGCCCACCAGAGAGCCCUGUCGGGGGCCUGGAUGAGAGAGCAGCAACAUCUGAAAGAGAGCAGAGAGGGAGGGAGGCUAUGGGCAGAGGGAGAGAGGCAGCAGCUCCUGGCAACAGGGAAGGUGCCAGGUUACGAUGGGUACUAUGUGCUGCCUGUGGAGCAGUACCCAGAACUGGCAGACAGCAUCAGCAACAUCCAGUUCCUGAGACAAAACGAGAUGGGCAAGAGGUAACAGAGCACAGGACAGCCCCUUUGACACUUCAUCUCCUAGGGAGAGUAAACAUGGGGUUUCCCUGGAAAUGCUGCAAGGGCAUCUAAGAGGACAUAAUCUCACAAAACAGAUGUCUUGCUGAAGGUUAAAACAGCGCCUGAAUGAGUUCAGACAAUGAUUUAGAAAAAGCACCCUUAACUACUAAUGAUAAUGAACUUACUUUUUUAAGAGGGGGAAAAGAGGGAUUUUGAAAAACUAGAAAAUCUUUUUACAUUUUUUGGGAGGGAUUGGUAUUGAUGCCAAUGGAGAAAAAGUUAACUGCUUUCAAACAUCUUAUCAGACAUACCCAACAGAGCACAGACAAUGGCAACGCAGUCAAGGCUUUUCUUUCUAACGGCUAAACCAUUCUGAAACUGUCUCAGACCACUGUCUGGAGAACAUAGAGCCAUCACUUGCCAAUACAGUCAUAACCAUGAACAAUGUUUAAGGACGCGCAGUUGUUCUUCAUUCAAGGUACAUAGUAAUAUAUGGUUUAAUUUAACAAAGACAGCUAUUGAGGAUGUGACAUGUAUGUUGAUGUGUAUGUUCCCGUGCAGUAGACUUUGAAAUAAGACUUUCACUUCUUGUCGACUGCCAAGAUCAGUCAGGAAACCCUCUCUCACUUUACUGAGAUUUCCAGAAAAAUAGAAAUGGACUCAAAGGCUAUUUAUUUUAAUCUUUUUUUUUUUUUUUUUUGCUCUUUUUGUUUGCACUAUAUGACAAUCAUGAUGAAUUUGUAUUGAGGAAGACAUGCAUAAUAGUCUUAUUUUCUUUUUUUAUAAAAUGUGAAAGUAUUCUCAAUGUUUUAUUUAUUUAAAUUUGCAGCCCAGGACAACAUGUUACAGUGUACGUGUAUGUGGUGUUUUGAUAUUGUUUACAUUUUGUUGUCUUUACAACUGUGAAACCUGUUUCCCUACACAUUACCAAGUUAAAUGUGUACAUUCAUUCAGCAACACCGAUCCAUGUCCUGAAAGCGGUCUGAUUUGUACAUUUCUCAAAAGAAGUGACUUUACUAUUGUUCUGUGAAAAUCCCUAGAAGAGUGUCUACUUACUGAUCGUAUUACAUUUGAUUGGUCAAACUCAAACCUCCCCUUUCAACACGGGAGCUUUUAUUUCAUUUUUUUUUUACCUAGUGGCAUCUCUGUAACCACACCAAUAUCUGUAAAACGUAUAUUUUCACUGUGAAGAACCACAGUAUGGAUGUCAAUAUGUACAUGAAUAGGUAUCAUGAAACAUUCUUUACACUAGGGUGAGGAUUAUGUGGGAAGUUUAUCAGAAUAAACUUGUUUUUUCAUGUUG